AUGGCAGCACCGGCCUCACACAGGACAAUCAUCCUUCCUCACAUCAUCAAAUAUAUACCAAAAAAUGGCAAGCUUGGCGAAGAAGCCAAUGUUUACGCGUUUGAUCUCGAUCAUACCAUCAUAAGGCCUAAAUCUGGGGGCCGAUUUAGUCGAGGUGCUGAAGAUUGGAUCUUCAUGUCUUUUUCAAGCAACAAAGAAGGUGAAUCUCGAAAGACAGUUGAUACGUUGGCUGAAUUAUUGAAAAGCGAUACAAAUGCACAAGUUGUAAUAUUUUCCAAUCAAGGCGGCAUCGUGACGAUACCGCCAACUUCUAAAAGCUGUGCAAACUUUACCCGAAAAAUAGACUUAGUACUUCAAGCAGUAGCAAACCUUAACCUUGAUUUACAAGAUAGAAUCUGGCUCUAUGCCUCAACAAAAAAACCAGCGUCAUUGUCAUCUACCAAAAGACCCAAAACCAUCAAGAAAGUGGCUAAAAAGAAUUCACAAGCACAAACUGCUAAGGACCAGAGUAUAUUCAGUGAUGCUAUAUUCCAAUCCAUGCGAAAACCGAAUCCUGGAAUGUUCGAAGAGUUCACCAAUGACUUUGGACGAAAAUUCAAAUUAGAAUACUAUUGCGGGGACGCCGCUGGGAGAAAAUCUGAUUUCAGUGAUAGUGACAAACUGUUUGCAGCUGCAAUUAAGACUGCGUUCCGAACGCCAGAAGAAGUCUUUUCUGAAUAA